AUGACUGUAAGCAACCAUGUGCAAGACUUAACACAUCUCAAAGGUCAUGAGUCAAUUAGUUUUGACGACGAUGACUAUGGAGGCAUCAUUCCAAGUCACGAUGAUCCUUUGGCAUUUUUUGGCAGUGGCUGCGACGAUGGCGGUGGUAAUGGUGGCGGCAGUAGUAGUAGUGGUGGGGAUGGUGGUGGUGGAGAUGGCGGCAGUGACUGCAACAAUGGUUGUGGGUAUGGUGAAGAAGACCUUAGAGCGCGACCUGAAAAGUUCAUUAAUCUGGAGGAUUAUAAGCACUCUCGUGAUGAUUCCGGGGUGAAGGUAGAUCUUAACAACUUUGAAAAGGAUUUCCAGAGAGAUUUUCAAAGGCGCUUUAAGGAGAAGAGAAAAUGGGAGAAGUUUGAUAAUUAUACUACUCCUUUGAAUGCUUCUCGUAGGCGCGUCUUGAAGGAAGUCUUUCAAGCUAGUUUUGUUAAUGUCGCAAAACCUCCACCACUAAAGAAAAAUGGAAGAUGA